AUGAUACAGACAAUCGCCGGCCAAUGUCUACGAGGUCCAUACAAUACUGUGGCUUAUACAAACGAAAUCCCUGCAGCGAAUCUAGCCGCUGAAAGUGCAGCGCUAGCUAGCGCUGGAGCUGCUGGAAUUGUUUAUGCCCCAAUAACCAAUGCCAUAGAAAUCGCUCCAGCAUUUGAACCGUACGAACCAGUCUACCCCAUUGCAUGUGGACUUAACUCCGGUCUGACGUUAUCUGAACUAGCAGCCUCACACGGAGCUGGUCUCCGCAUCAAGAGUGGGUCUAAUAUUCCAGUAAGUGGUGUCAAAGUAGAAACAGACAGCAUGGUCAUUGAAGGGCCCCUAGCAAUUACAGGUCAGCUGCCGUUCCUUGGCGCUGUGGCGCUGGAAGGUCCUGUGCCAGCAGCUGGAGGUGGUACAGUGGCAUAUAGUUGUGGAAAUGGAAAUGUAGGCAUUGCUAAUGAAGAAGUAACUCCAGUGGCACCAGGGUACCCUAAUGGGUACCUACCAUACAAUAAUGCACUUGCCCCAGGAUACAGAAACGCUGCUCUGGCCGCUGGAUUGCCCACAGCCAUUGCUGGAUAUACUAAUGGCAUAGCUCUGGCUGAAUAUCCCGCCAGAUCAGAAUGUGGUUGUGCUACUGUAGUUUAA